AGUAUCAAAAGACAUGGCAACUCAGCAUCGUGAAACAUACCCAAGUGACAGAGACAACGCUGAAAAUAAGAUAUCAAUAAAUCUCCAAGGUUUACGUCUUGAAAUUUAUUCAACUCGCAAGACCAAAUUCUCCUGCUCCAUUAAUAAAAAUGAAGUAGAAAUCGUGUUGAAAAUCAAGGAAGAAAAGGAGGUCUUGAACGUGGGUGUACAGCCUCAGGACGAAAGAAACACCGGAGCGGGACUAGACACUGCUCCCGAAACUUCGGGGUUUGACACACAGGAUGACGAUAUAAUGUCUGAAAUUGGACCUCUGCGAUCCGAUGAAGGGAGACAAGGUUCUCUUGGAUUACCAGAGGAGUGAUCGUGAUCACAUUCUUUAGUUGGGAGAGGGGUUGUAGGGGCAAAUGGUAAUACAAUAGAUCUGAUGAAAGGAGACUAGGUUCUCUGGGACUGCUAUAGCAGUGAUCACGGACCAUAUU